AUGGCACGACGCACCUUCGACCUGGCAGAACGCGAUCCCAGGGAGGCCAGGGAGCACAGCCCCAUUCGUAGCAGGGCCGAGCUGGAGGCCAUGAUCGUUCCGACGGAGUAUGAACGCCGUUCCUGUGCUGGCACGGUACCACGGCUUCGUGCCAUGGAGCUACGAGAAGCACGGAAAAAUCCCAAGGUGCGAUUGGGGGAUGAGUUGUCAGCAGCGGCUGCGUCCAAUGACGCUCGAAAGGUCCAGGCUUUGUUGGAUCAAGGUGCUGAUCCAAACUAUAUCAACUUCAUGGUGAACUGUGACCAUCCGUUGUGUCGUACCAAGAGUGCUGAAGUGGCGAAGGUUCUACUUGCCCACCCCAAAAUCAAUGUCAAUGUAAAGGACAUGAAUGACUACAGCAUUUUGAGUAACAUGGUGCUCCACAAUAGACACAAUGUGGAGUUGGUGGCUGCCAUUUUGCAGCACAAAGAUUUGGAUGUCCAUGCAAGCUGCCCCAUCCAGACAGCCGCACGCUUUGCAAGCGUGAACAUGAUCCAGAAAUUGUUGGAACAUCCCAACUUAGACAUCAACGACCGCUGCGGCCUGCUCCAUUGUGCCAUGAAGCGCACAGAUCCUGUGGCUGUAGAUCUAGCAGCAUGGCUUUUGCAGCAUGACACUUUGGAUCUGAAUCUGCGCAGGGAGGAUGGCACCACCGCCUUGAUGCACCUCAGUGGUACGGACUCAAUGACAAUUGAAAUUGGUGAGAAUGAAACCGUGAAGCGCAAGAAGAUCGCAGCACAACAAGUCCAGAUGUUGAAGAUGCUUUUGGUGAGACCUGACUUGGAGGUGAACGCCACGGACUCCAAACAGCUGACUGCUUUGCAUCAUUUCAGCAUUGCUGGGCGAAGCGAUUUGGUUGAGCUUUUGCUGCAGGAUGCCAGGUGUCUCCCAAGCCUCCUUCAGCACGAUGCCGAGGGGCGAACUCCACUGGACGCCGUGAUGGCAGAGAAGAACCUGGAGCGCAAACCCUGGGCGCCGGCACCGAAACUGGCGAAGUAUGAUGAAGUCAUUGCGCUGUUGACCAAGGCGAUGGAACGGCACAAGGCGGAGUUGAAGAAACUUUGUCCUGCUGAACUGUCGAAACAUCCAGGCACUUGGCCCGGCUUUGUCCAGGACUAUGCCAAGCGGCCAACCGAAGAUCUUUGGCCACCUUCUUGCCAUUGGCAGAGGAUACUCCUGUUGAGAUUCUCGUCUCCUGAGACCUCUGAUGAGACAGACCUACGGCUGCUCCUGCAAAUCUGUGAGACCUGGAAGCAUCUUGGGCCGGAAGACGAGAUCUUCACCCUGUCGGAGAAGAGCCGAGCACUUUCACCUUGGUGGAGGUCGAUCUUGGAGCCUCUAGCAGACUUGCCAGAACCUGGCUAUGCUCAAUUUGCCGCUGCUGUGGUCCAGCGAGUCAUUUGCGACUGGUGGCACACGCAGGGGCAGAUGGUGGUGGUUGCCUGGAGCCCAAGGUGUGGCUGGCCGCAAUGGGAGGACUCGGAGUCCUGCGACUGUGCUGCUUUGCAGCGCGAGCAUUUGCAGCUCCUCUUCCAGGCGGAUGGAAUGAAUCGAUCCUUCGUGGAUGGGGGGUUCAACCGCAAUCCCAAUAUCCAUCAGCAACACUUGCCAAAAUUGGCAGAGCGUGGCGAGAAUAUGGGGUGGGCCCGUUUCUUGAUCCGUGCUCCCACCAUCCAUCGGCUAGAUGCCACGUUUGCUGCCCAGGUGAAUUUCGGAGAGCGGAUGAAGACAGCAGCACUGAAGCUGGCGACGUGGAUCAGCGAGACCAGUGACUUCAAUAUGACGGACCUGCUGGACCUUGCUGGCGAAGUGAGGAGCGAAUCAACAGCAAAAGGCGAAGAGGCAAAAAUUGGAGCCAGACGUCUCUUCCAGGAGACGACAAUUGGCAUCUCAGUGUCCCCCAUGCGUCGCUACGGCGCCUUCUGGCACCCGAAAACGCUCGCGGAGCCGUGGCCCAGCGGGCGAACUCAGAUCUGUGAAGCCACAGUGACGUCAGUGCAGGUGGAUGCCGAGUACUGCAGGACUGCUUUGACCAUGCUGAACAUCAGCAACAACUCCGAGCAGAAUGCUUCAAUGAAAGAGAGGCAAGCUGGCGUCUAUCUCAAUGACAGUUGUUUGGUUGUGCUGACACGCACCAUUGGAGUCCCUGCACUGGAUGGUUUGCUGCUGGGCUGGGACUGCUACACUUGGUAUGGGCAAGAGUCUGCCCCGCACUUUGAUAGGAUGUGGGGUGUGAUUUUGCACAGCUCUGUCCUUGCAACAGAUGUGGUCAUCGGUUCACUGAUGCAGGCGGAGGUGGCACGAUAUAGAGCAGCUAUGAAAUCCUUGGCCGACCUUGGCUGCAGGCUGCCUGCUUGGCCUCAGCCAACGUCCAUGGCGUCCAUGGCGUGGGCAGAGCUGCAGAGCAGCACUGCACGGCUGGCAUGGCUAGGUUUUAAUGCGAUGCCUUACAAGCGAGGAAACCCAUCAACAGUGCUGAUGAUUCACCAUGCACUGUGGUUGGCGCUCUUCCCUGAGGGUCGAGACUUGGUCCUGGCGAAGUGUUUGCCACGGCUGCGUCAAGGCCUGCUGCCUGACUUGGAAGCGUUCAGUGUCGACCUUGAAACCUUCGCCCAGGACGUGUGGCCUAGCUGCAAGGAUCGUGGUGGAAAGCCUUUGAAGGUGAAGGGGAGGAAGCCGAGGAGAGCAAAGGCUCAACCUCAACAACUCAUUGAGGCGCACUUGAAGGAUCCUAACUUUCUCCUGGCUUUGCUUCGCCAUUCGCCCACAGCAGACUUUUUGGCAGAAACUUUGAAGAGAAGGGCUUCCCAGGAUGAAGUCUUUGCUGAUUUGGUGGUGCAGUGUUGUAUGCCAAGGACCCCCAAGAUUACAAAAACUCCCUCUACCCCAUGCAAGCGGAGUGCAUCAACCAUGAAGUCCCGAGUCAAGAGCGAAAGCACGGCAAUUUGGCAGAGCGUUGCCCCCCGCUCGCUCCUAGCAGCUUUCGAGGAGUCCCCAGAGUGUCCUGCCAAAGCUGCCAGGCUUCUAGAUGUUGAAGCAAGCGUCUUGGAUCCUUUGCCUUCAGUGCUGGUUGCACAAGUGUCAUCCUAUCUGAAGCUCCGUGAAAAAGUGCAAUUGUUGGGCAGCAACAGGCAAGCCCGCAGUCUGCGGCAGCUGCAGUGCACCUGGCAACCCCUUGUCCUGGAGGCUGAGGAUUGUGCCUACAUCCUUCGGAGGAUAAGAAAGUGUGAUCCCCAAGGCCAUUUGGAGCCCAAGUUUUACCCAGGACCAGCUUGUCCAGCCUGGACCGAAGUGACAGAUGUUACAGUGGAACUAAUGGAGCCGGACCGAGCUGAUGAAAAUGGUGAGCCUCUAACAUCUUUUCGGAAAGCCUCCUCCAUGGCCAAAUACAUUCUGGAUCCCAUCCAUGAGUUUGCCAGGCGCCUCUCAGCUGGUUGGUUUGCUGGUGCUUGGCACUUGCGCCUCUCAAACAUUGAGGCGAAUUGCAUGGAUUCCGGCUUCCUGGAUUUCCGCCUCACUGCUUUCCGAGAUUACAGUCAGUUGAAGUUGGAACAGGAUGGCCUUGAUCCCACGAAAUAUUGCUUGCGUGCCUCACGGGCAAUAUCUCGUCCGCCCAGCAUCAGCGAUGGAUUUGCAAUGGUGCAACAGCGCUUCCCACAAAGCGCUGGGAUCAAUCUAUUGCUGAACUCGCCUGAAGAGAUCACGGAGUCUGAGGAACAGCAAAGGAUAGCAAACUUCAAACUUAUCCAGAGCAUUCCGGAGCAGAUUCCCAAGUCAAAGUCCAAUGACAAGGACCUUGCUUGCGCAGAUCUCUCCAUGGCAAUCGUAGCUGUCAUCGCUGGCCAUGGCAAGGAAGGCCCAUGGACUUCUAGGCCCUAUGUCCGAUCAACAGAAGAGUAUGAAAAGUUGACCGCGCAACAGCUGCGAGAUCGCUUGAAGGCCUUGGGACUUCCAACCAGUGGCCGAAAGGCCCAGUUGAGGAGGCGCUUGGCCGGCAGAGAACAUCGAGUCGAGGCUCAGCCUUUGUCCAACCGCAAGCGUCUUCGUGUGCGUUGGGCUUUGAAGGAGGGGAAGUGGAACCUGACCGUAGCAAAGCACUACGUGCACCCGCCCCAAAGUUUGGGCAGGGGAUCUCGAAACCCGCUGUGUGAUUUGGGAGAAUGCGGAGACAUCAAUUGUGCGCUUUACCGCUUCAGGGCUGGAAGUGAAACUGUGCGGAGUGACUUCCUGAAGUUUUGCUACAAACACAUCGAGGAGCAUUUCAUCAAAUGCAAAGACGAUGGCCUCGUGUCACUCGGAUGCGUUCUUCGUAUUUCACCAUUCAUCACCUUUUUUUAA